UAAAAGUAGUUAUAGAAAAGUCACUGCAAUCUUCUAUAACUUGACUGUUUAAACCAAUUUUCCUUGAAAUAAGUGACUUUCUCUCCUAAAGAACGGAUCCGAUGUGGCAUAAACUGUAAUCUCAAUCCUGCAGCCCUCCUCCUCCCCCAUGCCAGCAGUAGGUGUGACUGCAAUAAAAUGUACAUCCACCUAAAAGACCAAAAUCCCUCCUCGAGUUUCUCACAAAGCAUCCAUCCUUCAACAAGAGUGCAGAGGAGAUCCACAUCCGGAGAAGUUAUCAUGAAGCUUUGCCUGGUCCUUGUUCUGUUGCUUGCUGAUGCUGUUUCUGGAAGCAUCGAAAAGAGGAUUGUUGGAAGCCAACCUUGUAAGAAGGACAGGCAGUACCACGUCCAGAUAAAGAGUGUUCAAGGGGACAAAGUAUGUGGAGGGGCUCUGCUGAACACCCGCUGGAUCCUCACUGCUUCACACUGUGCAGAACAGCUCGUCGAAGUGGAGCUUGGAAAACAACUGCCCUGGUACAAAAUAAACAAGUUGUCAAGUAUUCUCAAGCAAAAAAUCCCCAAAGAACAGCAAUUUACUUUCACUGAAGACAAUCCGCAUGAUAUUAUGCUCAUGAAAUUAAAUAAAGAUGCACCCGCUCAGUUUCCAACUAUUAGCUACCCCAAACUGGAAUGUGAGAGACCUCAAAUGAAACAGGUCGUUUACAUUGGAGGCAUGGGAUCCAAGAAAGCAGGUGGAAAGCCUGAAAGUAGUGUGAAGUGUGCGAGCACAGAGAUCUCUGAAUGUGGUGAGAAUGAUAAACCUGCCAGUAAAUACCAAAGUGAUGAGUCCACCACAAUGUGUGCUUUUAAACCUGGAGUGGAGGCCUGUUAUGGAGAUUCAGGCUCAGCUGUGGAGUUUGACGGACUGUUACACGGAAUCAUCGUGAGCGACACUCGGGAUAAUUGUGCCAACACCAUCGUGAUGCUGGAUAUCUGCCACUACAAACAGUGGAUUGAAGACACCAUGAAAAAAGAGUCAACCUGAUGAUCAUUAUAAUUGGACAAAUUUGAUCAUUUUGUGAAUUCAGAAUCCUGUUGGGCUGUAAACGGCAUUAGGGACAAUUAAAAAGAGGGAAAAAUCUGCUAAAAACUAUUCAAGUAAAAAAUAAAAAUAUAAACCCAUUUUAUUCUGAAAUUUAAGUGACCAUAAAGGUCCAUGAAACAACUGUCUCUUGUUCAUUUGUUGUUGUUUUUUUACUCAGAAAUGUCAAUAGAAAUGUAAAGUAUUCCAGGUCAGCGGCUCUGUGGAGGAGUGUCUGACCUGAGACUGGAAGAUUGAGGGUUCAAAUCCUGACAGAGCCAAUGCAUUUUACAUCAAAGCAAUGUGGAGGGGUUCAUUCCUAUAGAAUCUACUGGAUUUUUAAAGCAGCAUCACAAAACCUUUUAAAAUUCUAACUUUUUUUCUUUUUUUGUCAGAGGGAGCUCAAAAGAAAGCUUUGUCAUUAUCGCUUUAUUUUUGCUUCAUCUCACGACAGAGGAAGUUUGCAAUUAUCACUUUUUCGAUAACAAAAACUUCACUGUCACUUUUGGAGCAGAAAAUUUGUGAUUUAGGUGACUAAAAUUAGAGUUGGAAGUU